AAGAAAGGAGUAGCACAUGGUUUUGCCUUCUACAAGGUAGUCUUCAUUUAAUGGCUUCAAAUUAUUUAAGUAUGAGCUGAUAUCAUACCUAAUAGGUCCAAUCUGUUGUCAACCAAAGUGAAGAAAUGAAGAAACAUAUUAUUAUUUUCCAUCCUUUCGAACUAACUUCAUCCACAAAUUUAAGGCCCCAUAUCAGCAUGACCAACAGGCAUCAGCACAUGGCUUUGCCUUUUGUUAGCAACAAAAACUUCAGCUCCAACUAAAGAUUAGUUGUCUCCAGUUUCUUGUAUAAAUAAUCCCCCUUUCAUGAGCCUUUUCAUUACCAAUUCAGGACAAGCAUUAACAAGUCAACCCUAAAAAAGUCUCUAAAUUUCUUGUUUACUUUCUUGUUUCAAUCUUCCACAAAAAAAAAAAAAGAAAGACAAUGAUCAGUGACAAGAAACUCAUCAAAAUGGCUAGGAGAUGGCAGAAGUUCGCAGCCAAGCAGAGGAAGAGGAUUUCAUUUCCAAGAAAUGGUAGUGAUUCAGACAGUUGUAGUACAUCUUCAUCCUCUAUAGUUGAAAAGGGCCAUAUUGUAGUCUAUACAAUUGAUCAAAGGCGAUUUGUCAUUCCCUUGGCAUACCUUGAAAAUGAGGUCCUUAGGCAACUCUUAAACAUGUCGGAAGAAGAGUUUGGGCUGCCGCAUGGUGGCCCUAUUAAAUUACCCUGUGAUUCAGCGUUCAUGGAUUACAUCAUUUCACUAAUCAAGAAAGGUGUGGCCGCUGGAGAUCUUCACAAAGCAUUGCUCCUCUCAAUUACUUCAUGUUGUUGUUCAGCUUAUUCUUUGCACCAAGAAAGUGGAAACCAGCAGCUUGUUGUCUAUUGAGUCAUGAAAUAAUCAUAUUUUGUAAAUGGUAGCUCAAAAUAGAUUGUAUAGCAGGUGAUAAGUAGGAAACUAAAAGAGUGUAUUACAAAAGACGAAUAGAGCUUUCAAUUUUCAAUUUUGAAACUAAGAAGUUCUUAAACAUUAUCUUAUCCCGGGCAAUAACAUGGUUUGAUCAAAACUUACUAAUAUAUGAAUCAUUCUGACUAAAAAAGUGGAGAGAAAAAAGCUAAGUUGCUCGGACACGGGUGCGGAUCUAGAGAUCGGAUCCUUCGAGAUGUAAAUUCUAAGAUUCAGGGAUACGGAUCUUAGUAUGGAUACGGGUGCUGGGAUCCAGCUCAAAAUAAUUCAAAAAAAUAAAAAAAUAUCCAAAUUGUGAGAAAUUUUGUUGAAUACUUACAUAUAGCUUGUAAAGUGUUAAUUUCUUUUUCAUUCUCAAGUUGUAGAUAAGUAAAGGAUUAAUUUGUUAGAUAAGGUAUGAUAUUAUCUUCAAAUUUACCCUAGUUUUGGUUCUAAUUUCGGGAAUCAAAUUGUAUGUUGUCUCGAACUUUUCCAUCCGUCAUGGUCAAAGUACCCAAAAUUAUUUGACCAGAUCUUGUACGGAUCUCAUAUUUACACUCAUACUAGUGUCGUAUCGACACAGGUGCGGCACUUAAACUGUCAUGGCGGAGCAACUUAGGAAUAAAUGGAAGCCAUAUUACGUCAGAGUUUUUGGAGAACGGGAUAUAGGGAAUUGAUCUUUAAUUGGAUAUAUGAUGGAUAUGUGGAUAUUGGAAAUAAAAUGUAUAAAAGAUGAUAAGUUUAAUACCUUUUGCAAAUUAUCAUCUGAUACUCUAAGAACAUAUUCAGAAAAUCAAAACAGCUACUGGAGUAUCUUCCUCAUAAUUCGAAUAUCAAUAGAUUAGUUAAAUAGUUACCUAAAAUAAAAAUAAAAAUACUGGAGUGAAGGGUU